AUGGGGAUCUGGUGACAAUGAGCAGGCGAUACGUUGAGAUUGUGAUGACGGGUGAUUGCGAGCGAUGUGAGGAAGGGCGGGAGGGCGCGCGCGCGGGUUUCCCGCCCAGACUCAAAUCUCAUUUAGUGCGGCGGACGCUGAACGCACCACGCGCGCCCAGAUCAGCUCCGCGAACCCGCGAAUAUACACCCACCAGUGAAGUGACUCUGAACUCACCCCCCGCCGCCUAACUGACCACCCCCAACCUCUUUACUAACCCCAAACUUUAAAAACCAACUUUUACAAACUUUCUCUUCCCAUUCGACUCGCGAGUCAAACUUAUGGAGCUAAAUACCUACGGAAUGGAACUAGGCGAUGAUAUAUUUUUCAUAUACGGACGCAGCGGAUGCGUCAUAUCGAUUCAAUAAAAAGAUCAACUACCAACAGACCAGUGGAACAUUUGCAAAGUUGUGUGAAGUGUGAGUAGCUCUCGCCGCCGCGUAGGAUGUCGAUGUUCUUCUUCCGCCUCCACAACCUGCGCCGCGCCGAAGAGAACCGAAAGAACCGCCACUCGAAGCCUCGGUACAACAUGUCGUCGUCCGACACGCUGACCGCGCCCUCGCGCCUGCUGGAGCGCCCGCUCAGCGAGCCCAUCGACAGCCUCGACGAGAUCGAGCUCAGGAUCCCCAGGGUCCGCGUGGAGUACUACGUCAAUGAGAACACGUUCAAAGAAAGACUGCAACUAUAUUUUAUUAAGAAUCAACGAUCAAGUUUACGCAUUAGGAUAGCUAAUUUAUUUUUCAAGAUCCUUGCGUGCGUGCUGUAUAUCUGCCGAGUCUGCGCCGACGGAGACCCCAUCACCGCCUCCUGCUACGGCUGCAAGGCGGGCAACAAGACGCAGUUCGAGUACUCGGCCAACCUGACGGAGGAGGAGUUCCAGGAGCACCCCAUCAUCAACUGGGACGGCAUCAUCUGGGUCAACCGCCCGCUGUACCUGUGGAUCGUGCAGGUCAUCCUGGCUAUGAUCUCCUUCACCGAAGCCAUACUGCUCGCCUACUUGGGAUACAAGGGCAACAUCUGGCAGCAGGUCAUGUCGUUCCACUUCAUACUGGAAAUGGUCAACACCAUCCCGUUCGCACUCACUUUGCCGUUCCCGCCGCUGCGCAACCUGUUCAUCCCGGUGUUCCUCAACUGCUGGCUCGCCAAGCGAUCGCUCGAGAACAUGUUUAACGACCUCCACCGAGCUAUGCAGAAGUCGCAGUCGGCCCUGUCCCAGCAGCUCAUGAUCCUGUGCGUCACGCUACUCUGCCUCGUAUUCACCAGCGUGUGCGGCAUCCAGCACUUCCAGCGCGCCGGCCACCGCCACCUGAACCUGUUCCAGGCGACGUACUUCGUGGUGGUGACGUUCUCCACCGUGGGCUACGGAGACUUCGUGCCGGACAUCUGGCCCUCGCAGCUCUACAUGGUCAUCAUGAUCGGAGUGGCUCUGGUGGUGCUGCCUACACAGUUCGAGCAACUGGCGUUCACGUGGAUGGAGCGGCAGAAGCUGGGCGGCUCCUACUCGUCGCACCGCGCGCAGUCCGAGAAGCACGUGGUGGUCUGCUCCACGACCCUGCACGCCGACACCAUCAUGGACUUCCUGAAUGAGUUCUAUGCACACCCGCUGCUGCAGGACUACUAUGUGGUUCUGCUGUCCCCGAUGGAGUUGGACACGACUAUGCGCAUGAUCUUGCAGGUACCGAUUUGGGCUCAACGCGUGAUCUACAUCCAAGGGUCGUGCCUGAAGGACACGGACCUGAUCCGCGCGCGCAUGAACGAGGCCGAGGCCUGCUUCAUCCUGGCCGCCAGAAACUACGCCGACAAAACCGCUGCUGAUGAACACACUAUCCUGAGAUCUUGGGCCGUGAAAGACUUUGCCCCCGACGUCCCGCAAUACGUUCAAAUAUUCCGGCCCGAGAACAAGCUGCACGUGAAGUUUGCGGAGUUUGUCGUCUGCGAGGAUGAGUUCAAGUACGCGCUGCUGGCCAACAACUGCACCUGCCCCGGAGCCUCCACCCUCGUCACCCUGCUGCUCCACACCAGCAGAGGACAAGAAGGGCAACAAUCACCGGAAGAAUGGCACCGCCUAUACGGAAAAUGUUCAGGAAAUGAAAUUUACCAUAUCGUCUUAGGAGAUAGUCGCUUUUUUGGAGAAUAUGAGGGCAAAAGUUUUACGUAUGCUAGUUUUCAUUCACACAGAAAGUACGGGGUGGCAUUAGUUGGAGUGCGCCCAGCAGAACUACCGGAAUUCUAUGAAGAGACCAUUUUGCUGAACCCAGGCCCUCGACAUAUCAUGAAAAGCAGUGACACUUGCUACUACAUGAGCAUAACUAAAGAAGAGAACUCGGCGUUCGUAGUUGCCGACAAGCAAAUUGAAUCAAAACCGCCGAUACCUAAAGAUCAGACUGCAUGUAGUCUUCUUUCUACCGAGAGGAAAAGUGCAGAUACUGAGGAGUGCAACCAGCUGGCUAGAACUGACGGUAGUAGCGUGCCUCAAUACGACCUCCCACAAGUGAUUCUGCAAGUUCCCGCGAGUACCACACCAAAUGCAUCGCCAUCACAUAUCAAUCAAGCUAAUACUGUAUCAUCCGCUAAAUUUACCGCUACUAGUUCAAGAUACGGAGAGGGCACUACAUCGGACUCGUGGGCUCUAAAAGAAGCAGAAGGAUCGACCGAUAGCCAUUUACUGUUGCCAAAGCCUGAUAAUCCAAACUUUUUAAGUCCUGAUGCUCUGAGUCAUCGCCGAGGGAGUAGGAGGCCGUCGAUACUACCAGUUCCGGACAUGGUAUCUACAAGUCUAAACAUACUAUCCGACAACCAAGAUGACGAUGCCGAGGGUGAUGAGAGUGAGGACGAACUAGAAGACGAUGUCCCGUGGAGGUCACCUUCCGAAAAAAUUGCUGACGACCUCUCAACCAGCAGCUUCUCAAGUCUCUGUGGCAGCGACGUCGUCGUCGCGCCCAGCGCCUGGCGGAAUGAUUUCACUAGGAUCGUCAAAGGUUUUCCUCCAGUAUCGCCAUUCAUAGGAGUGAGUCCUACUCUGUGCUACUUGCUGAAAGAGAAGAAGCCACUGUGUUGCCUGCAACUGGCACAAGUGUGCGAGCACUGUGCCUACCGGAAUGCCAAGGAGUACCAGUGGCAAAACAAAACCAUCAUACUGGCCGCAGACUAUGCCUCGAAUGGUAUCUACAACUUUAUAAUACCACUCAGGGCUCACUUCAGAUCGAAGACUUCGUUGAACCCAAUCAUUUUACUGCUGGAGCGCAGACCGGACAUUGCAUUCUUAGACUCCAUAUCCUACUUCCCUCUUGUCUACUGGAUGCUGGGUUCAAUUGAUUGUCUGGAUGAUUUGCUCCGUGCCGGGAUAACUCUGGCGGAGAACGUAGUGGUCGUUAACAAAGAGCUGUCCAACUCGGCUGAAGAAGACAGUCUGGCAGACUGCAACACCAUCGUGGCUGUACAGACGAUGUUCAAGUUCUUCCCAUCGAUAAAAUCAAUCACGGAACUGACUCAAUCAUCAAACAUGAGAUUUAUGCAAUUCAGGGCACAUGACAAAUACGCCUUGCACUUGUCUAAGAUGGAAAAGCCGUAUGUUAUAUGUCCGCAGCGAGAAAAAGAACGGGGCUCACAUAUAUCCUACAUGUUCCGACUGCCAUUUGCUGCUGGAUCCGUGUUCUCAGCUUCGAUGCUUGAUACUCUACUGUAUCAGGCCUUUGUCAAGGACUAUGUCAUUACAUUUGUGAGGCUACUGUUGGGAGUAGACCAAGCUCCAGGAUCAGGAUUCCUAACUUCGAUGAAAAUAACCAAAGAGGAUAUGUGGAUUCGGACAUAUGGACGAUUGUACCAAAAGCUUUGUUCCACCACGUGCGAGAUUCCAAUUGGGAUCUAUCGUACUCAAGACACGACCAUGGCGGAUGCGUCGCACCACGUGAGUAUGUCGCCGAAGACUCCAUCAAAAUGGUUAUGGUCGCGCCUCGCGAGAAUGCGAACAUCGUCGCCGGAGAGCGGAGACGGGGCAUGUAGGACGCAGGAGGCGGGGCCCAGCCGCGAGGCGUCGGGCUGCCUCGGCGGCUGCUACGGGGAGAGGACGCCCGCGUAUUCGACGAGCCUGGCGGACGAGGCGCGUGACAACCACGCGCAGCAGAUCGAGCGCGCCGAGAUCGCCAACCUCGUGCGCUCGCGCAUGGAGUCGCUCAACCUCACCGGCAUCGACUACGACGACGUCAGCGAGAAGCGCAACAGCCUGUCCUAUGUUGUCAUCAACCCGAGCUGCGACCUCAACUUGCAGGAGGGGGAUAUUAUCUACCUGGUCCGGCCGUCCCCGUUCUCGGCGCAGAAGACCUUCGAGCGCCACAACAGCCGGCGCAAGUCGAACAUCAGCUUCUGCUCUCAGGCGUUGAUCCAGGCGGCGGGCGCGGCGAGCCGGCGCGGCUCGGGGCUCGGCGUGGCGGGCUUCGGGCCCCCGCGCGCGCCGCCGCUCUCCACCACCAAGGCUAACAGUCUGUCGCUGCCCGACAGCCCCACCAUCGUCACCGACUUCCGCGGCCGCUCCAACUCGCUCCGCGUCGUGGACGACAUCCUGCUGCGGCGCUCCAACUCGCUGCGGCAGGGGCUCAGCGGCGCCAGCUCCAACCGCCGCAAGAGCAGCCUCGAGGAGAUCGGCAUCUCGCACUUCAACUCGCUGCUGCAGCACCAGCAGCAGCAGCAGCGCGCUAAUGCUAUCAAGAUUGCUCUGAACGGCAGCAUCGGGCUGGAGGUGACGCCGCCCGAGGAGGUGCCGCUGCAGCGCCUGGCGCUGGGCGGGCUGGGCGGGGCGGGCGGGGGCGGCGACCCCUACGAGCCCGCGCUGCCGUCCACGUCGCGCGCCGCGCUGCCGCCGCCCGCGCCCGACCCGCAGCAUCUGCACGGCACCAUCGUAUGAUAUCACCUCAUGUGGGGACGGCGACUCGGUUCCGUGGUGAGGAACAGGUGGAAUUAGAACAAGUGGGCAUUUUACUAGCUGUUAUUUUUAUAUCUUGUACACUGUUUCUUGGCCUACGUCCCCUGUACGACGGACGGAACUAUCUUCCACCUUGUAGCGUCUCUGCACGUAGUGUUAGUGAGAACGACCGAGGAUGCAUUCGCGAGGGCAACGUUCGUGAUAGUUCGAAUGCGUCAUGCUAAGAGCUGUUGAAAAAGCGGGAACAAUUAACAUAUAAGAGAGAUAUACUAAGUUACGUGCUCUAUGUACAUAGAUGAGCUUCUCUACAUAUUGCUGACUAAACUUUUUAUAUAAAAGGUGACAUCUAAGUAAAUGUUUUAAAUUUGCACUGGGAAUAUUAUAUUUCUGUAAAUAGAAUAUUAUGAAAAUUUUAAUUAACUUACAUAAAAUGUAAACCCGUAGUGAAUUUCUUACUUAGUAUACAAACAUAUUAAAUUAUAUUAUAUUACUUACUUAAUUAAAUCAAUUUCAAACUAUAAAUCUGGAAAUCAUAAUCAAUUCCAAUAAACUACGAUUAGAUUAACUGACAAACUCGAAAUGUAUAACUCGAUAGUUCAGACCUACCUACAUAGAAGUGAGCAAACAUAUUAAAUGUACGUGAAGCAUCA